GUUAGAGAAGGCGGGUUUCCCCUGAGGAGCUUCCUGCAAGCCGUCCCCUUCCUCUCGCUCGCCAUCGCGCGAUCCUCUUUCCCAAGCCCAACCCCGUCUAGAACCCUAGAGCAGGCGCAGCGGGAUGGCCAAGAAGCCCGCCGUCGCGGCCUCGACCGCCGGUGACCCAGAGGCCGAGGAACGGCGGCGCUUGCGCUCACUGGCCGUCUCCAACGGCCUCCUACAGCGCGGCGAGCCGGCAGCGCCGCGGGCGGCGCUCCCCACCUCCGGCGCCGUGACGCGGCUGCAGGGGCGCGACAUCGUGCGGCGAGGCCACCGCAAAAGCCGCUUCCUCUUCUCAUUUCCCGGCCUCCUCGCGCCCGCCGCCUCGGGCGGCCGCAUCGGGGAGCUCGCCGACCUGGGGACCAAGAACCCCGUCCUCUACCUCGAGUUUCCACAUGGGAGGAUGAAGCUGCUGGGGACGCACGUGUACCCUAAGAACAAGUACCUGACGCUGCAGAUGACGAAGUCCGUCAAAGGCGUCGCCUGCGAGGACGUCUUCGAGAGCAUGAUUGUGUUUUCUGAAGCCUGGUGGAUCGGGACGAAAGAAGAGAAUCCUGAAGAACUGAAACUUGAGUUUCCAGAAGAUAUGCAGAAGGAUGGAGCUGCGGAAGAUUUUGAUUUUAAAGGUGGAGCUGGCGCUGCCAGUGGUGAAGUAAUCACAGGCAAUAAACCUGGAAAGCAGACCAGAGAACAUGGAAAAGAGAUCAAAGAACCCCUUACGCCAGAGGAUGAAUCCGAUGCUGAUUCUUUUGAUUCAGAUCGGAUGGACGAGAACGGUACACAGACUACAAGUGAAACACCUGUUAGAAAAUCCGCUAGAACUGCUGGGAAAGAUUACAAAUACUCGGAGUUACUUGAUGGAGGAGAUUCAACUGACAGUGACAAUGAGAUCGAGGGCACUGAGGACUUGGAUGAGAAGAUAAAGAUUCCAGAAAUUAAGGAAGAAAUCCCAAGUGAGGACAUCAAACCUGAAGAUUCUUCAGCACAAUCUCUUCCUAUCAAGAAGGAACCACUUGUUCAGGCUACUUUGUCUACCAUGUUCAAAAAAGCAGAAGAAAAAAAGAGAUCUACAAGUAGUCCUAAAGGAUCUCCAGCUACAAAAGGUCCUGUGGCUAAGAAGCAGCGGGCAAUUCCAAAGGAAAAACAGUCCGUAGUGCAGAAGGAAGCAAGUGCAUCUCGCAAAAAGCAAAAACCAAAGGUAGAAGAUGAAGUUCAAGAGAUCUCCGAUUGCUCCGAGGAUGAAAAUAUGGAUGAUGAUGAUGGUGAUGAUAGUGACGAGGACUGGGCUGAGUAAGGAUCGUAGACGAACAGUCGUACUCCAUAGUAUGCCAUGCAUGGUGUGUUUGCCCUUGGCCGAGCAAUGGCCCUUUGUUGAUGUAGAAAGUUUAGACCAUGUUUAACUCCAAUAUGUAGUUCUGUACUACCUCCAUUCCAAUGAAUAAGGCUUAUAUUGCUUUUCCUAAAAAUCAGACUAUGUAAAAUUUGACCAAGUUUUUAGAAAAAAAAUCAUUAACAUGUGCAAUACAAAAUCAAUAGUGUUAGAUAUGUCAUGAAAUAUAUUUUCAUGUAAUAUCUAUAUAAUUUUAUGAUUGUUGAUAGUUUUUUCUAAAAGUUUGGUCAAACUUUACUUCUCUUGACUUAAAAAAAGCCUUAUUCAUUGGAAUGACAGUGGUAUUACAUCAUAUUAGUAGAAACUGGUUAUCAUUAGAUUAUUAUUUUAUUUGAGUUGUUGUAAUAGAAGUAAAAAAGAAUUAAUGAGAUAAUGUGCACUUCUUGUUUGUGCUUGUAUGACA